AUGACUUUUAAGAAUCCAGUAAGAAGACCCUGAAAAGGAUUGUUCUGUUGGACCACACCUUUCAUUAUCCCCACAGAUUGAUCAAUGUGUGUGAUUGUUGAUACAUAGGACUUCUAAGGGCAAUUACAUUACGCAGUGCAGAAUCAGACCCUGACUUGUCAUGAGUUGCACGCUGCAUUGCAAAAGUAAUCUCACUAUGUUCCGGUGAUACCUUUUCCCUGGGGUGGGGCCCAUCCAGUAACACAUACAAAUCAUCACAUGAAAGUCCAGCUUGGCUCACUCUUGCCCAAGAGAGGAAUUUCAUUUCCGGAAGGCAGGUGAGGGACUGUAUAAAAAGUAUCUCACCUCAAGGAUCCAGACAAGACUCCGGUGAUCAUUCCUAUUCUAAGGAUUCCAGUUUACAUUUUCAGUAAGUUUGGGGAUUCUACCUGUUCUGUGGAUAGAAUUGGAGGGCAGGGGUUGGAACUGAUCUUCUGAAAUUGAGGGAUGGGGUGAUUUAUGUCAAGGGAAGCCAUCUUGGUGUCCCCCAGAUGACAAUGGACAACAACUCCCAUCAUUCCUGUUCAUUAGAUGAGCCGCCAGCUGGGGCUGGUGGGAGUUGUAGUCCAAUGUUCCGGAAAGCACCACUUUGUCCGUCCUUGGAGCUGUGCAACUCUGAGUCCCUUUAAAGGGGAACGUUGUGAACCUAAGCCAAGGGUAGCCAAGGUGGUAUCUUCUAGAUGUUUCAGACUACAAAUUCCACCAGCCUCAGAUAGCAUAGCCACUGAUCCAGGAAGAUGAGUCUAUAAGAGCUAGAGGAUAUUUUUCAAACUGUGUUUUUGUUGAACCUUCUUGUGAGAUAUUUUUUCUAGUUCACUUGAAUAAUGUUCUUUGCCUAAAAUGUCUAGAAGGUUUGAGAAGCCACCCUAAUCUACUUAAAAUGUGAAGACUUAAGAAACAGACAUUUGCAUUGGACCUUUGCUCCAUAGGACUCCAGAUCUGACCGACAUCAAUAUGUGCUCCAUUUAGGAAUGGAUUUCAUUUUGUAACACAGACAGAACAUGAUAGCUACCACUCACGGGAAACAAAGGCUGCUAAAUAGUACACUGCUUAGAGUGAAGGAAUAAGGAAGGUAUGCUCCUACUGGACCUUCUCUAAAAGGUUGUCUCUUCAUUUCUUACAGGACUCCAGAUUUGACCAAUAUCAAGAUGUGCUCCCGCAACGAUAGAGGAUGCCACAACAAACCACAGGACUCCUGCCACAACAAACCACAGGACUCCUGCCACAGGGGUGGAAGUUCCUGCCAUGAGGACAGAGGCUGCCAACAACAACCUCCCGUGGUCAUCCCAGCUCCAUGCAUUCCUCCCGUGGUCAUCCCAGCUCAGUGCCCCAAACAACCUCCCGUGGUCGUCCCACCUCCAUGCAUACCUCCUGUGGUCAUCCCACCCCCUUGCCAACAGCAGACGAAGCAAACCCCUCAGUGGCCACAGCAGCAGAAGUAGAGAACAUGAGACUCCUGAGGAAGAUGCGUUUGUUGGCUGAAGGGUCACCAUCUUCUGUUCUGAGUCAUCAUUGGCCAAAAGAAGCGGAUGAAGGAUGAGGGAUAGCUUAUUGAAUGCUUUUCUCUUUACAUAAAAUUGUUUCAAAUAUUUUCUCUGUCUAGCAUUGAAAUUCCAGUAUCUUUUCCCCACCAAGAAACAUAAUUUGGGGAGGAAAUUGUUUUCUGUUUUGGCCUCUGUUUUGGCAACAGUAAUAAUUAAAAUCAUAUACAAAAAUAAGACAUGGUGCACUGUUUUCUUUAUAUAUCUGUAGCCUAAAGGGCAGGCCUGUUGAGAUCCUUGAGCUCUUCUUUGUUUUGAUGAGAAAAACAGGUUUCCAGUCCACAAAGACAUUAGGUGUUUGGUCAUCAAAGGGCAAGAUUGAAGGAAGGAAGUAAAAGAAACCUUGAUGAACGUCUUCUUCCUUAAACAAAAACAAUCUUCUCUGAUUGGUACUGAGAUACUGUUACCUUUUACUGACCUUGACAUGUCAUGUAUA